GCUGAGCCAGGACGCAGUAGCCGCACAAGCAGCGCGCUGAGCUGAGGGAUCUAUUGUUCCUCUGGCUUUUUUAUUUUUUCUCCUUCACUCAGACCUCAUUCUUCUCCACUGACCCAGAGAACACAGUGAAGAAGAAAGAAAAGGAGGGAAAAUAGAGGAGUUAGGAGAGAAAGAGAGAGACAAGUGGAUUACCCUUUCCUGGAGGAACCGCGUGCAGAAGAGUGAGAGGGACAAUAGCAGGCACACUUUCCCCUGUGCCGCAUCUUCUUGUGCGCACAUCUCCUGCUGAGUGUGUGUAUCGUGCAGGUCUGUUUGGCCAGACUUGAGCCGUGUGGAUCUAUCUGGCCGGGCUGAAGCCAUGGGGCUGUCCAGCAGGGCGGCAGGGAGAGGGGGCACUUCCGCAGGGGCUCUUGCUUCCCUCUUCAGAGUAGCUCUGCUCUUUUUUGGGGUUUGGGAUGUCCAGACGCAAACAGUCGCCAACACAAAACCCACCUACAUCUGGCAAACAGGGCCGUGGGGUAGGUGCAUGGGCAGCGAGUGUGGUCCGGGAGGAAGUCAAAGCAGAGCAGUAUGGUGUGCCCACUCCGAGGGCUGGACCACGUUACAGACCAACUGCCAGCAGUCAGAGCGACCCAGCAACCAACAGAGCUGCUUCCGGGUGUGCGAUUGGCACAAAGAGCUCUACGACUGGCAGCUAGGGGCCUGGAACCAAUGUGUGCCGGUGUCUAUGCGCAGUGCAGGCGUGCCAAGGCCAGCGGUAUGCACUCGGGGCGAAGAGGGCAUCCAGACGCGGGAAGUGGGCUGCGUGCACAAAUCGGAUGGCGUGCCUGCGGAAGAUGCCAUCUGCGAGUACUUUGAGCCCAAGCCACGGUUAGAGCAGGCCUGCCUUAUCCCGUGCCCACGCGACUGUGUGGUAUCCGAGUUCUCCCCAUGGACGUCCUGCUCCAAGAGUUGUGGGAUGGGCUUGCAGAACCGCUUGCGUUUGGUUCUUGCCCCGCCGCUUUUUGGCGGUUCGGCUUGCCCCAACCUCACAGAGUUCCGCACCUGCCAGCCAGGCCAAUGUGAAGGCGAGGAAAGCCUGCACAGCCUGAGGGUGGGACCUUGGGGCCCUUGUACCAUCACACCUAUACGACAGUCAAGGGAAACCAAAGAAGCCCGAGAGCCGAAACGAGAACGGAAAGCAAAACGGGACCGGCAAGCCAGGCAGCAGCGCCAGGGCAAGCGACGCAAGAACAAAGAGAAAAAGGAGUUAAAGGAAAACAAAGGAGAACGUGUGAGGGACAGGGUGAGGGAGAAGGGGAAGAUGAGGGACCCUGAGACCCGAGAGCUCAUCAAAAAGAAGAGGACGAGGAAUCGUCAGAACCGCCAGGGGUUGAAGUUCUGGGACCUGCAGGUGGGAUAUCAGACCCGGGAGGUGACGUGUGUGCACCGAAGCGGAAGCACAGCCGAGCUCAGCCAGUGUAUCCAGCAGACUCUUCCUGUGACAUAUCAAGCCUGUGUCAUCCCUAAGGACUGUGAAGUGACUGAGUGGUCGGACUGGUCUGCCUGUUCAAAGGAGUGCUAUGAUCUGAAUGGGCGUAAGGGACAGCGGACACGUACGCGUCAGGUGCAGCAGUUCCCGGUGGGCGGAGGGGCCGAGUGCACUGAGCUGGAGGAGAGUGAGCCGUGUUCACCUCAAGGAGAAGGAAUCCCGCCAUGUGUAGUGUAUAAUUGGAGAACCACUGAGUGGAGCGACUGCAGGGUGGACGUGCUCCUCAGCCAACAGGACCGUCGCCGGAGCAACCAGACAGGGCUCUGUGGAGGCGGGGUUCAAACCAGAGAGGUCUACUGCGUUCAAGCCCCCACCGAAACCUCAUCUAACCUCAGCUCCCUCAAGAACAAAGACGCCUCGCGGCCAGUGAACAAUGACCUGUGUUUAGGUGUUUCUCCUAACACCACCCAGCUCUGCCAUAUUCCCUGCCCUGUAGAGUGUGAGGUGUCCUCCUGGAGCGCAUGGGGACCCUGCACCUUUGAAAACUGCCAGGAUCAGUCCACAAAGAAAGGUUUCAAACUGAGGAAAAGGAAAAUCAUAAAUGAGCCCACGGGUGGCACAGGAAAUUGCCCCCACCUGACUGAGGCAAUUCCCUGUGAAGAGCCCAGUUGCUAUGAUUGGCUUCUGGUGAAGCUGGAGGAGUGUGUGCCUGACAAUGACAAAGUAUGCGGACCGGGAACCCAGAACCCACAAGUACAGUGUAUCAAUAGUGACGGUGAAUACGUGGACCGACAGCUGUGCCGGGAUGCCAUCCUUCCCAUGCCUGUGCUGUGUGAGGUGCCCUGCCCCAAAGACUGUGUGCUCAGUCCCUGGACAUCCUGGUCUUUGUGUUCCAACACCUGCUCAGGGAAGAACACAGAGGGCAAGCAGACCAGAGCACGCUCCAUUUUGGCCUACAAUGCAGGGGACGGUGGGAGUCAGUGCCCCAACAGCAGCGCCUUGCAGGAGGUGCGCAACUGCAAUGAUCAUCCUUGCACUGUGUACCACUGGCAGACGGGGCCCUGGGGUCAGUGCAUAGAGGACACCUCCGUUCCGUCUGCCAACAGCUCGCUCAGCCGCGCCGGAGCAGGGGUCGGCACUAAUGAGGCGUUCUGCUCAGUCGGAAUGCAGACGCGCAAAGUCAUUUGUGUCCGGGUCAAUGUGGGCCAGGUGCCUCCUAAAAAGUGUCCAGAGAGUCUGCGUCCCGAGACUGUAAGACCGUGUCUUCUGCCCUGCAAGAGAGACUGUAUGGUCACUCCGUACAGUGAUUGGACACCCUGCCCUUCCACCUGCCAGACAGGUGGUACUGUCAAAAAGAAGCAAUCAAGGAAACGCAUUAUCAUUCAGCUUCCGGCUAACGGGGGCCAAGACUGUCCAGAAGUGCUCUUCCAGGAGAAGGAAUGCGAUGCCUCAUCUGUUUGUCCAGGCUACAGGUGGAAAACCCACAAGUGGCGCAGGUGUCAGUUGGUACCCUGGACCAUUCGACAGGACAGUCCUGGAGCACAGGAGACAUGUGGACCAGGACUACAGGCUAGAGCCGUCUCAUGUAAGAAGUUGGAUGGUGGUCCUGCAGACGUUGCAGCCUGUCUCAAGUUUGCAGGUCCUAUGCCUCAACUCACUCAAUCCUGCCAACUUCCAUGCCAGGAUGACUGCCAGCUGACCACCUGGUCCAAAUUCUCAUCCUGUGCCGCUGAUUGUGUGGGUGUAAGAACCAGGAAAAGGACCCUUGUUGGUAAAAGCAAAAAGAGAGAACAAUGUAAAAACACACAGAUGUAUCCUCUGAGCGAAACCCAGUACUGCCCCUGCAACAAGUACAACGCCCAGCCUGUGGGUAACUGGUCCGACUGCAUCCUUCCCGAGGGUGGACGUGUAGAGGGCCUGUUGGGUAUGAAAGUGCAAGGUGAUAUCAAGGAGUGUGGCCAGGGUUACCGCUUUCAAGCUAUGGUGUGCUAUGACCAGGAUAACCGCCUCGUGGAGACGUCACGCUGCAACAGUCACGGUUACAUAGAGGAAGCGUGUAUCAUCCCCUGUCCAUCUGACUGUAAGCUCAGCGAGUGGUCAAACUGGUCCCGUUGCAGCAAGUCCUGCGGCAGUGGAGUCAAAGUACGGUCCAAGUGGCUUCGGGAGAAACCUUAUAAUGGUGGAAGGCCCUGCCCCAAACUGGACCAUGUUAAUCAGGCUCAGGUGUAUGAAGUGGUACCAUGUCUGAGCGACUGCAGUCAGUAUGUCUGGGUGGCUGAGCCAUGGAGUGUCUGGAAGGUCAGCAAUGUUGAUCUGAAAGAGAAUUGUGGGGAAGGUGUACAGACGAGGAAAGUUAGGUGCAUGCAAAAUACUGUUGAUGGACCUUCAGACCCUGUAGAAGACUAUCUCUGUGAUCCAGAAGAGAUGCCUCUUGGAGCCAGAGAGAGCAAGCUGCCCUGUCCCGACGAUUGCGUUCUGACUAACUGGGGCUCUUGGAGUCGAUGCCCACUGCCAUGCAAUGUGAACAGUACAAGGCAGAGGACCGCCAGCCCUAUACGUCAGCCUGGUGAAGGGAAACUGUGUCCUUCGACUACAGAGAAAGAAACAUGCACUCUGAACACCAACUGCUUCCAUUACUCCUAUAAUAUCACAGACUGGAGCACAUGUCAGCUGAGUGAGCGAGCUGUGUGCGGGGUUGGAUUCAAGACACGCAUGCUGGACUGUGUUCGCAGUGAUGGCAAGUCUGUGGACCUGAAGUUUUGCAUGGAGCUUGGUCUCGAAAAAAAAUGGCAGAUGAACGCUUCCUGUGUGGUCGAGUGCCCUGUCAACUGCCAGCUGUCUGAUUGGUCGUCUUGGUCUGAAUGCUCUCACACCUGUGGUCUUGCAGGAAAGCUCUGGAGGAGUAGAACUGUGAUUCAGGCCUCUCAGGGAGAUGGACGGCCAUGUUCCUCACAGCUGGAACAGUGGAAGCCCUGUCCUGUUAAACCCUGCUACAGCUGGAGGUACAGCGCCUGGUCUCCAUGCAAAUCCGAGGGUGCACGUUGUGGAGAGGGCCUGCGCUUUAGGAACGUGUCCUGCUUUGUGUCUGAUGGCUCGGGGAAGGAUCCGGGCAGUAUGGUGGAUGAGGAAAUGUGUGGAGACCUGGAGCAGACAGUGGAUGGAGACAAACAGAUCAUCCUGCAGGAGUCCUGCACAGUGCCUUGUCCAGGUGAGUGUUACCUGACAGACUGGACUCGGUGGAGCCCGUGUCAGCUGAGCUGUAUCAGCGGGGAUGAUCUAGGGUUCGGGUCGGUGCAGGUGCGUUCUCGUGCCGUUCUAGCUCAGGAACCCGAGAACCUUCUUCAGUGCCCAGAACAGGAAUGGGAAGCCAGACCAUGUACAGAUGGCCGAUGUUAUGAGUACAAGUGGAUGACCGGUGCAUGGAAAGGCUCAUCUCGUCAAGUCUGGUGCCAGCGCUCUGAUGGAUUAAACGUCACAGGUGGAUGCCCAUUGACAAGCGAGCCGGUGUCAGACAGGUCAUGUGAUCCAGCCUGCGACAAACCUCGCUCAUACUGCACUGAGGCUGGUAUCUGCGGCUGUGAGGAGGGUUACACUGAGGUGAUGACGUCUGAUGGAGUGUUGGACCAGUGCACGGUCAUACCAGUGCUUGAGAUCCCCACUGCAGGAGACAGUAAGGCUGACGUGAAGACGAUCAGAGCACUCAACCCCACUCUGCCCACCUCCAACCUGCCAGGUCGCUCCGGACGCACCUGGUUCUUGCAGCCCUUCGGUCCUGAUGGCAAACUGAAGACCUGGGUGUAUGGUGUGGCAGCUGGAGCUUUUGUACUGCUAGUGUUCAUUGUCUCCAUGACUUAUUUAGCCUGCAAAAAGCCAAAGAAGCCCCAGAGAAGACAGAUGAACAACAGACUCAAGCCUCUGACUCUGGCUUACGACGGCGACGCUGACAUGUAGCCUAACCACGUUCGCUUCGCACUACAGAUACUCACCUCUUUUCACAGUCUGCCACCGGUACAAGCCUCAAACAAGGAGACUCGCGCAAACUCACCGACUGCUUUUUAUAAGACGCUAAUGGAACCUCAGAGAGAGACUCGAUCCGUGUUUAUAUAAUGUUUCUCCCCGCCCCUUUUUUUACGUUCGAGUUUUUUGACUUUAUUUCACGAGAGCCUUCACAAACUCUUCAAAAAUCUUCUUCAGGAAGUCUGCCUUCACCUCUCUGCCAUUGACAUCUUUCUGUAACAUAGACUUGUCUUUCGGGAGGAAAGUUGCAGGACCCUUAUUAAAUUGGGAGGAUUUUUUUGCUGAGAAGCACAGAAUAUGCCCGUCUCCUGUUUAGUAAAGUCACACUUCUUGUCAGCUCCUGCAGUGUGUUAGCGGCCUGAGGCCUUGUCAGUGGCUGUUGGGGACGUGUCAUGUUCAGAGAACCUAAAUACACAAUUUAUCUCGCUAGAAGCAUUUUCAGCGCUGAAAUGUUCUGGCGGAUCCUUCUCUGUGUCAAUUAGAAGGGUAAAAGACUGCAGCUCACUAGCGCCCCCUAUAGAAACACUGGCCUGCCUUUCCCCCUUUCUCUAUUCAGGCUCCAUUUUGCACUAUAUUAGUGCAGCAUGAACAUUUACUUAUAGCAUUGCCAUAGAAAACUGCCUCUCGCAAAACAAGAUGAUGUACAGUCUUGUGCUAGACACGCUUCUUUAAAAAAAGAGAGCGAGAGAGAACAAAAGUAGCCCUUUUUUCCUUCUGACGGAACUCGCCGAUGUUUGUUUAUACAUACUUGUUUACUGGUUACCUCCUGUUUGUGAUAAUGGGGCUGUUGAAAAGAUUUUUGUGGAUUCCACAAACCCCCUCCUGUUGUAUGUACAUUUGCAAUCAGCCGUGUCUUUGCUUUCUUUGCCUGAUUGACUCGUGUAUGAUUCAGUGGUUCUUUUCACCUUAGAGAUCCAGGUCGGUGAAGUUUUCCAUGUGUUUCAGUCUUCUCUGAUUUCAAGGGCUCUGUGUUCAUAAUCUGAGCGCUUUUAACAGUUUGAUUUACUGAUCCUACUGUGUCUGUGUGAACCUAUUUUGUUCGCAGUUGAUAUACCGUGGCUAUCUAACACAAUAACGGCGUGCAGUUUCAUAUCAGCUAGAUUUGGAAAAACCAAUGCUCUGAUCAGUUUGGGCAACAUUUGUUUACCUUUUAAUUUGAGGUUGAAAAAAUCUCAGCUCAAUAAUUAAUCAUCAAAAAAAUAAAGUACAAAAAACAAGCACACAAUAAAAUUACUAAAAAUGGAAACAGACAAUAUAAAAAUAAAAGCCAAUUUUAAAAUAUUAAUAAAUACUAUAAUAGUAAUAAUGACCGGUUGACUGUACACAAUCCCGCUUAUUACACAGUUACUCGCCAAAUAAAUACACAGUGACAUCAAAUAUAGAUUUAAGUUUAAAUUAUUUUAUAAGUUUACCUGUAUAUCAUCAAAAUAUGAGAUGGGAGGAAAAAUUAUAUUUCAAUGCUUUUGCAUUUUCUCGCAAAUAUUUUGCCUUCCCCUACGGAAGCUUGUUUCCACCACUGAAUAAAAAAUAAAAAUGGUAAUUGCAACUUUUAUCUCACAAUUCUGACUUUUUUCUCAGAAUUGCGAGUUAUAAAGUUAGAAUUAUGAGAUAUAAACUCACAAUUGCGAGUUUUAAAGUCAAAAUUGUGUUAUAAACUUGCAAUUCUGACUUUUUUUCUCAGAAUUGUUUAUAUCUUGCAAUUCUAAGUUUAUAACAUGCAAUUGUGAGUUAUAAAGUCAGAAUUGUGAGUUAUAAAGACAGAUUUAAACUCGCAAUUCUGAUAAGUCACUUUUUUCCUCAGAAUUGGACUUCAUAACUCGCAAUUGCAAGUUUAUAUCUCACAAUUCUGAGAAAAGAAGUUAGAAUUGCAAGAUAUAAACUUGCAAGUGCAAGAAAAAAAGUCAGAACUGCGAGGAAAAAAGUCAGAAUUGGGAUUUUAUAUCGCAAUUCUGACUAGUUCUCGCAAUUAUGAGUUUAUAUCUCACAGUUCUGAGAAAAGAAGUCAGAAUUGCGAGAUGUAAACUCACAAUUGUGAGAUAAAAAGUUGCAAUGACUUUUUAUUUUUUAAGCUUCCAUAUUCCCCCAAGAAACUUUGCGUUCACUCGCAAAACUUUUGAGCUUUGCAAGCAAACACAAAGCUCCUUAGGGGAACGCAAUUGUUUUUGAGGAAACGCAAAGGUUUUGUGGACAAACGCAAAGUUUCUCAGUGGAACGCAAAACUUUUGCGAGAGAACACUAAAGCAUUGAAAUAUAUUUUUUCCUUCCAUAUCUCAUAUUUUUUUUCCAUCACCAUGCCCCUUUAGGGGCUCCAUAUCAUCAAAGCUUCUGCUUAGAAAAAAAAAUAGUCAGUUACAAUAUACAGAACAGUCAGGCUAGCAACAAGAUGAAUAUUAGAACUCAAGACCUUUAAUUUGACUUUUACCACAUUCUUUAACUGAGACACAAGAUGGCGCCAGCUGCGUUUGAGAUGAAAGUAGUUUGAUAGCAUUGCCAUGGAUGAUGUUUGACCAGAAUCCAGUAUUCCAGAGAGCUGUGUAAUAAAGUGUUUUGCAAUGCUCAGUUUUCAAAGGAAAAGUAUAGAAUUUUUUUUUUUUUUUUUACUUGAUAAGGGUGCAAGUUAUAUUUGUCACCAUGCCAUGAACCUGCAUAUAGGUAAUCACACACCAACAGGAUUAGUUAUGAAGAUGAUAUAUGGAUUCAGAUAUGACUGAAAUGGUCGUCACUGUCACCGACCAUCUAAAAUUGGGUAGAAAAGCACAAAUAAGUAGGUUAGGGACAGUUUUUCCAAAAAAAAACACAUCUACAGUGAAUGAACUACGGGCGCUACUGAUCUCUAAAGGCAUAUCAUUAAAUUUGCUUUCAAAUACGACGGGUGAAAGGAAUGUUUACUUAUGUUAAUACUUUUGUUAAUUUGUAAAUACAUGAAUGAUCUUUUAUUUAAUAAUGAUUUCUUUAUUAUAUAUAAAUUUGUUCAUUUCUUUUUUUACUACGCAAAGUGUUUAGUACAAACCUCUCGAAGUGUGUCUGAGAGUGUGUGUGUGUGAGAGAGAGAGUGAGAGAGUCUGUUGUUACUGAUCUUCGCUGGGGCGAUCCAGGUUACUGUGUGAGAAUAUUGCUUUCUUCUUUUCCUACAGGUUGUUUAUAUGUGUCUGAUGAAUUGCUGAUAAUAAACAAGAAAAACAUUGCUGUA